AUGCACAAUGUGAGUCGUGACCUGAUCUACGGAGUGUUAUUUCGAUCUAAUGCUCAUGCAAUUUGGGAGGAUCUGCGUGAAAGGUUUGAUAAAGUUACUGCAUCGCGUAUGUUUUCCUUACACAAAUCAAUUUUCUUAUUGGCACAACGAACACUUCCUGUUUCUACCUACUACUCUAAGUUGAAGGAUCUCUGGGAUGAAUAUGACUCGUUGAUACCUCCUCCUUGCUGCGAUUGCGUCAAAUCCAAGGAUUAUGCAACACAUCUUCAAUAUCAGAGGCUCCUACAGUUCCUCAUGGGUCUUAAUGAUGGUUAUGCUCAUGCUAGGAGUCAGAUUCUGAUGAAAUCUCAUAUUCCAAAUGUCAAUCAAGCUUAUGCAAUAAUUUUGCAAGAUGAAACUCAGAAAAUAGCUGCGGGAAAUGGUGAAUUGGAUCCCACUGCAUUGUUACUUCCAGAAGCUCUGGAUCUAAGCCUACAAAAUUUGGAGUCGAAUGCGAAUUUUGUCACGUACGAGGACACACAAAGAGUCAAUGUUUCAAAUUGA